UAUGUGUUUUGUUCUUCAAUUUGUCGAUAGAAUCCUUAUAAAAUCAUGAUGUUUAGGGUAGAAAAUCGAAGAUAUUUUAGUUUAGAGAGGUAUUUGUUUUUUAGCUUUAAGUUCGAGGUUCUUCCAAUUUGGCCGAAAAAGAAAGUUCAAUGUGUUGUAUGAUUGGUGUCAAACUGUGAUUGGCACCGUUCGAUACCAAGGUAGAUCUGUACACACCGAAAAAACAGCUAAAUGAGUGGAUGCAUGAAGUGUGCCACGUUUCCUCUUCUCUUCGGUGCCAGACUCAAAACCAAACAUCACCUCUGUCUCUCUCUGUAUCUCUCUUGAAUCUCUUUAUAUCCCUAUAGAGUUGCUGUUUCUAGAGAGAGAAACAACAUGAUUCAGCAUUCAUCAUUCAGUCAGUUGAUUCUGAAAGACUAUUCCUUUUUGCAUCUCGGAUUCGGAUCCUCCAUUUUUUGAACCACCCAUAUCAUUCCGUGAAUCCUUUCCAUUUAUAAAUUAAAACUAUCUUGAUUUUCUAUCAAAGAUUGAUAAUUUCUUGACUGGUUUCCAUUUUUCCUGUUUUAAAGCUCUUUUAUUGUUCUUAUUUGAUUUCCCAGCUUAAUGAGUAAUUGAGUAUAGUAAUUUAAAGGUGCUGUUGAUCAGGUAGAGAUCUGGCAUUGAAGGUCAUAGUUAGGUGUAUUUAGAUGUUAUACAGCAGCUGCAUAAGGAGAGUGAUUGUACAAGCCGGAAUAUUUUGCAAAACGAGGUUGCAGUUAGGCAAUGUUGGAAGGAGUUUGAAUGCAAGCCGUGGUGUAAAUUGUAAGUGGAAUAGGCAGAUUUUUACAAUGAGUAGUGUAAGUAUGAUGGUUGAUUCUGUUUCCACGGCGAAAAGGGGACCUACUGCUGAUCUUUUGACGGGGGAAGAUGAUGAUGGUGGAUUUGUUUGUAGAGGGUGGAAAAGUGAAGAAGGGGAAUUGAGCUGUGGGUAUUCAAGUUUUAGGGGAAAGAGGGUUACCAUGGAGGAUUUCUUUGAUGUCAAAAACACCACGAUUGAUGGGCAAAGAGUCUGCAUGUUUGGAAUCUUUGAUGGUCAUGGUGGUUCUCGUGCUGCUGAGUAUUUGAAGGAGCAUCUGUUUGAGAAUCUAUUGAAGCAUCCACAAUUUAUCACGGACACCAAAUUAGCUCUCAGUGAAUCAUAUCAACAGACUGAUGUAGACUUUUUGGACUCUGAAAAGGAUACCUACCGUGAUGAUGGUUCUACUGCUUCAACAGCAGUGCUAGUUGGUGAUCAUCUUUAUGUUGCCAAUGUUGGAGACUCACGGACUGUGAUUUCGAAGGGUGGAAAAGCGAUCCCUCUAUCUGAGGAUCAUAAGCCUAACAGAAGCGAUGAGCGGAAGAGAAUUGAAAGUGCUGGAGGUGUUGUAAUGUGGGCGGGCACUUGGAGAGUAGGUGGUGUAUUGGCCAUGUCCCGUGCUUUUGGUAACCGCAUGUUGAAGCAAUUUGUUGUAGCAGAACCUGAGAUCCAGGAGCAGAAAAUAGAUGAGGAAUUCGAAUUGCUUGUGCUCGCAAGUGAUGGACUAUGGGAUGUGGUACCCAAUGAGGAUGCUGUUUCCAUUGCCAGAACAGAAGAACCCGAGGCAGCUGCUAGAAAAUUAACAGAGGCUGCUUUUACACGGGGCAGUGCGGACAACAUAACAUGCAUUGUAGUGCAGUUCCACCACGACAAGACUGAUCCAUCCAAGACUGAUCCAUCCAAUUUCCAGGAGGAUUAGGCAUUGCCACUUAUUUUGCAUGUAUAGAUUUAUUGAUGUUCUUGCUAAUCUAUUACUGAUAUCUAUGCAUGCAUAGCUGAAUGUGCAUGUGAAGGACCCGAUCUGUUUAUUCAAUUGUCUUUUAAUUUCUCAAUUUACCCACGUUGAGAACAUGGACUUGUGUCCUGUUGUAUUUCAAAUUUGACCGAGCCGUUUUCAUCUUCCAAUAAAAAAAAUUACCAUAAACAAAA